AUGGGCUGUUUUGGCUUCUUCAGCAAGGCCAAGUCGAGCGACGUCGCUUCGGUGCGGAGCGAGCGCACCCUGGUCGAACCCAACCCGGCAUCGGACAAAUCCACCAAGCUCGAGGGCAAGCCGGAUGUGACGGGCGGACGUCUUGCGGCUCUGCGCAAGCUCAUGGAUGAGGAGGACGUGGAUCUCUACCUCGUCCCCACCGACGAUGCCCACGCCACCGAGUACACGGCGCCCUCGGACCAGCGCCGUGUGUGGAUCUCGGCGUUCACUGGCUCUGCCGGUACGGCGAUCGUGGCGCGCGACUCGGCGCACCUCUUCGCCGAUGGUCGCUACCAUGUCCAGGCCGCCGAACAGCUCGACGACAACUGGACGCUGCACAAGGUCGGGCGUGCCGGCGUGCUCGAUUGGCCCGCCUGGCUCGCUGCCCAGGCGCACGACGGCGUCAAGGUCGGCAUGGACCCUGCCCUCAUCAGCUACGCGUCCGGCAAGGCGCUCAUCGACACGCUCAAGGAUGCAGGCGCAGCUGUGGUUUUCCCCUCGCGAAACCUCGUCGAUGAGGCGUGGGGUGACGACCGACCCAAGCCGUCGGCAUCGCCCGUGUACGAGCACGAGCUCAAGUACGCCGGCAAGCCCGCCACCGCCAAGCUCGCCGACGUGCGCAAGGACCUCGAGGCCAAGCCGGCGGGCUCGGCGUACCUCGUGUCGGCACUGGACGAGGUGGCGUGGGUGCUCAACCUGCGUGGAGCAUCGAUCCCCUGUCAUCCUGUCUUCCCUGCCUACGUGCUCGUGUCGGCAGACGAGGCGGUUCUCUUCAUUCGCGGCGAGCUGCUGACCGAGGCCAGUGGCGCUGACCGCUACGUGCGCGACACGCUCGGUCUCAAGGUGCAGCCAUACGAUGCCAUCUGGGACCACCUUGGCCGCUGGGCUGGCGAGUGCAGCGAUGGGCGCAAGCUCGUUUCGGGCGAGAAGCUGUCUUACGCCGUCGCCAACGCGGUCGGUGACGACAAGGUCGACAUCCUCAGCCCGUCGCCUCUUGCGCUGCGCAAGGCGGUGAAGAAUAGCGUCGAGCUGGACGGCUUCCGCGCCGCGCACAUCCGCGAUGGUGCCGCGUGGGUGCGUUGGGCGGCAUGGCUCGAGGAGCAGGUCAAGGUGAAGCGCGCGCACGUCGACGAGUGGGAGGCUGCGGUCAAGUUCGCCGAGCUGCGCAGCGAGUUGCCGCUCUCGGCUGGUGAUAGCUACGACGCAAUCUCUGCGUCAGGGCCCAACGCGGCGCUUCCGCACUACGAGACGCCCGAAAAGGGCAGCCGUGUGAUCGACCGCGAGACGCCCUACCUCAACGACUCGGGUGGACAGUACCACGACGGCACCAUCGACUGCACGCGCACCGUGCACUUUGGCCGUCCAAGCGCCGAGCAGAAGCGCGCCUACACGCGCGUGCUGCAGGGCCACAUUCGGCUCAGCGAGGCAACGUUCCCCGCGGGCACGACCGGCGUUCAGCUCGACCCCAUCGCACGCCACGCGCUGUGGCAGGACGGAUACGACUACCUCCACGGCACCGGUCACGGCAUCGGCUCGUUCCUCGACGUGCACGAGGGUCCGCAGGGCUUCUCGACCAUGAGCGGUGGAUCCAAAAAGCCAGUGCCGCUCGAGGAGAACAUGGUGCUCACCAACGAGCCGGGCUUUUACGAGGAGGGCCACUUUGGCAUUCGCACCGAGUCGCUCCUCGCCGUCAAACGCGUCCACACCCACCGUGGCUACGGCGGUGUGGCUUGGUACGGCUUUGAGCGCGUCACACAGGUGCCCAUCGCCACCAACCUUGUCGACCACAGCCUGCUCUCGUACGCCGAGUCGCGCUGGCUCAAGCAGCACAAUGCUGACGUGCGCAACACGCUCAUGCCGCUCGUCAAGCACGACAAGCGCGCCGUCCGAUGGCUUCGACGCCAGUGA